CCGCUUCCUCUUCCGGGCGUUCUUCCGCCGCCUCGGCGCCCGGCUGCAGGCGCUGCCCCGGGUCACGUGCCGAGCGCCCGCGGGAGGGCGGUGUUCUCCGCUCCCCGCCCCCAUGGCGGCCGCCAUAUUUUCAGGCCGGGCCCACCUGGCUGUUUCCCUCUGAGGAAAUGGCCGAGGCGCUUCGGGGCGGCCCGGGCUGACAGGGGCGGCGGGGCCCCGCGGGGCCGGCCGGCGCGGGGUGGGGGGGCCAUGGCGCCCAGCAGUAACUGGCUGUCCGGGGUGAACGUCGUGCUCGUGAUGGCCUACGGCAGCCUGGUGUUUGUGCUGCUGUUCAUCUUUGUCAAGAGGCAGAUCAUGCGUUUUGCCAUGAAGUCGCGGAGGGGACCUCACGUCCCCGUGGGCCACAACGCCCCCAAGGACUUGAAAGAGGAAAUUGAUAUCCGACUAUCCAAGGUUCAAGAUGUCAAGUAUGAACCUCAGCUUCUUGCAGAUGAUGAUGCAAGACUAUUAGAGCUGGAAACCCAGGGAAAUCAGGAUUGCUACAACUAUUUAUACAGAAUGAAAGCUCUGGAUGCCAUCCGUGCCUCUGAGAUUCCAUUUCAUGUUGAAGGCCGGCAUCCCCGUUCUUUAAUGGGCAAGAAUUUUCGCUCCUAUCUGCUAGACCUUCGCAGCACCACUACACCUUUCAAAGGCGUGCGCAAGGCCCUCAUCGAUACCUUGCUGGAUGGCUAUGAGACAGCUCGCUAUGGGACAGGGGUCUUUGGCCAGAGUGAGUACCUGCGAUAUAAGGAGGCCCUGAGUGAGCUGGCCACAGUGGUCAAAGCACGAAGUGGUAGCUCUCAGAGACAGCACCAGUCAGCUGCCAAAGAUCUGACCCAGUCUCCUGACGCCUCCCCAACAACCAUCCAGGUGACAUACCUUCCCUCCAGUCAGAAGAGUAAACGUGCCAAGCACUUCCUGGAAUUGAAGAGCUUCAAGGACAACUAUAACACGUUGGAGAGCACACUGUGAUGGGCUAAAGGACUCUGCGGUGGAUAGAGCCAGAAGGUUGAAGUGUGCUUGCCGAGCUGAUCCAGACUGGCUAUAUCAAAGCUUCCACUGGCCAGAACUAUCUAGAAAACUGUUCACCAGCCCUUCCUUAAGGCCAGUGUUUCCAGACCUUCAUUGACAACAUUAUUUUUCCGUGGUAGCACUUUUUUCUGGACUUGAGUUCAGACGUUUUUCUCAAUGAUGUCAAUUAUAUUGUUAUAAUUCUUUUAUUUAAAAGUUCUUAUCUGAAUGUAGCUCAGUGGUAUCAUGUGUGCCUCUCAUGCAUGAGACCCUGGAUUUCAUCCCUGACACCACACACUGAGCAUCACUGAAUGUGGAUUCCAGGCAGCAGAUUGAAGCAUCUCGGGAAAUUGCCCCAGACCCCACCCCAGCACUGUAUGGCCUCUACUUGAAAUAGCGCUUAGUGCUGGGAGUGCGCUUUGCAUGCAGUAGGCCCAGGUUCCAUCCCUACCACCACAUGGUCCUUCAAGCAUCACCAAAAACAACCCCCAGGCAUUGGGCCAGGACUAGCCUCUAAGUCACAUUGCAUUUUCUAGACAAUCCCAAAAGUGAGUGUAAGCCUGGGGGGGGGGGGCUUAUUCUCUUCUGUAACUACCCCUUUGUACACAGUCAAAUGGGAAGUUUGGAUUUAGGGAAGGCACUGACUAGGAGGUCAGGUGAGGUCAUGGGUGGUGUGUGGAACAACUUAGCUGGUGCUUUAGCUAAACUGAGGUGUGUUGGAACCUUAAAGCUUUAAUGUGUGAGGGCCUGCACACCGCCUUCCAUUCUUCAUAAAUGUUUUAAAGGACUAAUCCGAUUCCCUUAUAUAUUGGGGAUGCUAAAGGACAGUGAGAGGAUGAUCAGAUCUUUGCACUCAUCUCAACUUUAUAAAUUAUUUAAUAAAAUAGCUAAAGAAACCAGGA